UAACAAUAAACAACCCUGGAACAAGAGAAAGACACCAGCCACCAGGACCUGCCGCUCCGUUUCGACACGAACCAGCCGAAAGUAUGGGCCGAGACGGCGACAGACGGCGGCACUAGCGAGCGGGGAAGUUUCGUCGCUCACACGGGGGGAAUAUAUUUUUCCGACUUUUUAUGUCCAGUCCGAGAGAAGUGGAGUUAGGGUUGGCCCCUUCCUUAGCCCCCAGCAGCUAACUAACUAGCCGUGGCUCAUUCCUGCCUGUAGCCCGCUCUGCCUUCGCCUGUUAUGCAGUGUACUGUCGCCGGACUCCUGGUUCUCAUCGCUCCCUCUCCCCGCUCUCGCUGGCCCCAUGUCUCGCUGGCUCUUCCCCUGGUCGGGCUCCAUCAAGAAGCGGGCCUGUCGGUACCUCCUGCAGCACUACCUCGGCCACUUCUUGCAGGAGCGCCUGAGCCUGGAGCAGCUGGGCUUGGACCUGUACAAUGGCAGCGGUGUCAUCAAGGACAUCAACCUGGAUGUGUGGGCUGUCAAUGAGCUUCUGGAGUCUCUGGGGGCUCCACUGGAGAUCGUGGAGGGCUUUGUGAGCAGCAUCACAGUGACCAUCCCCUGGCAGGCUCUGCUGACUGAUCACUGCACCUUAGAAGUGUCGGGUCUCCAGAUAACAUGCAGGCCCAAGUACCGUACUGGCGGGGGCUGGGAUUCCCAAGGCUGGUCGACCAGCAUGACCUCCAGCAUGCAGCUGGCUCAGGAGUGCCUGAAAGACCCCCCGGAGGCGUCCGAGGAGCCGCCGGCCCCGCUGGAGGGGCUUGAGAUGUUUGCACAGACCAUUGAGACGGUCCUUCGUCGAAUAAAAGUCACCCUCCUGGACACGAUAGUCCGCAUCGAGCACCAACCCCCGGACCUGGAAACAGGCGUUGCCUUAGAGGUGCACAUCAAACGGCUGGAGUACUUUGACGAGGCGGUGCGGGACCCAGCCUGCCAGACUACUGUGCCUGUGGACAUCCAUCAGCCGCCCGCCUUCCUGCACAAGAUCCUGCAUCUCAGCGCUGUCCGGCUUCUCUAUGACAGCAUAGGCGUGGCACAGGGAGUUCCUGAGCAGGAAAAAAAGGAGUCAGAUGCUGCCAGCGAAGACGAUGAGGAGGAAAGCGACGAUGAGGAUCAGCAGGAGCAUGACAAGGCAAAGCCCCUGGAGGUCCCAGUGUCUCAGCCGCUGCUCAUUGGAAGCUGCUCCGGUUUCAUCGAGACCACGGUGAAGAUCAAGCAGAAUGACAUGCUUCCCGGACCAAAGUUGGAGUUGGAUGGGAAGGUGGGCUGUGUCCACCUGUUGCUCUCUCCAGCUCAAAUAACCCACCUGACCGACCUGAUGGCAGCUCUUUGCAUAGAAACAGAGUCAGAGACCAAGUGCGGGGGGGUUCACAGCCGCCCGCUUGACUCGGACGACCUGCGUAUGAUCGAAGAAGACCUCAGCAAGCAGCUGGGCUCCAGUCCCCGAGACAGGGAGUGGGACGCUGAGUGCGACCUGGAGCCUUACAUCACCACUCUGGAGAAUGGAGAAAUGUUUUAUUCCAUGGGUCCUGCCGGAAUGAGCAGCAGUGUGACAUCUGUGCGCUCUGGUAGCGAGCUGUCUGAUAGUGAUAUGGAUUCUUCUACACACUCUCUGGCCAGUCUCACUCAGCCAUCAACACUUGCCACACAGGGCUAUAUGAACUGUCCCAGGCGUUACCCUGUAGCCGGCUGUCUUGCCAGCCUACCGCAGGCCAGCCAUCGUAUCAGAGGGCGUUCCCGAAGCGGCCCCGUGGAGCAGCUAAAGCCCGACGCUUUACUGCGUCUGACUCUAGGCGGCCUCACCCUAACCCUGCUGCAAGAGGACCCGCCUCCCAAGCCGGACGGAGCCUCCUCAUUGGCUCAGGUGUCUCAGGUGUUCUUCAGAGAGCUGGCUUUCUUUAAGGACAGCAUGUUUAGCGAAAGGGACUUCCACAACCUCAGAGGCGGGUUCACCAAGGCCUGCCCACACUCCCACCUCAGGGUGACGGGGGCAGCGGUGCAAGUCUUCUGUGAGAUUCGGAGCGGGAUGCGCAACAGUCGGGCUGUGACAUCCGACCUGUCAUUCAGCAGACUAGAAAUGUUGGAGUGCCUCUGGGAAAACGGGAAGCCUGAGUACAGUGAGUUGCUCCAAUUCCAGAAAGCAAGUAUGUUUACAGUUGGAGUGGCAGCCAAACCUUGUGCCCAGCUCCACUACAGCCUCACUGAGAAGCACCUGAGGAAGGGUAAACAGCGAGUGGUGCGGCGUGAUAGUGUACUGCGAGUGGAGCUAGAAGAUGUCAGUGCCGAGUUGGACCUGGACAUUCUCAGUCGGAUGGGCAACCUGAGCAAGGCUUUCAGCUACCUUCCCGCAGAAAACGUCGGACCCGACAACCUACAGGCGCAGAGCAGCGAGCUGUGCUCCUCCUUCUCUCUCCUUGCCCCGCACGCCAUCCUAAGGCUUCGUUUUCCCAUACCGGACCUGCGGCCGCUCUCCGAGCGCCAGCCUCUGAGCCAGAGGGCGGUGAGGGAGGAGACGCUGGUGUUGGAGCUGAGCGAUCUGGUGCUCAAGCAUCAAGAAGCGCCAGAUCUCCAAAGUGAGCAGCCUUGCCAGGGUCAGCUGUCGGCGCCCUGCCUCACCCAGCUGCUGGAAGCCUCCUUCACCGACCUGCAUGGUUCAUACGAGGGUUGGGAUGGAGGCUCCUUCCCUUGCAUCAGAGUGAAGAAAAGCCAUGACUCCCUGCCCAGGAUAUCAGUGCGAGUGCGAGGAGGUGAGAUGCAGGGCCAAGGCGUGGGUCUCGCUGGCUUGAACCUUGGCCUUGUCGGAGACCUGGGGGCCGCCUUCUUUGAAAGCCAUUGUGAGCUCAACGACAAAACCAGCUCUCCGUUCUCUUCCAACCGCACCAUGUUUGAGACUGAAGAGAUGGUGAUCCCGGCCGACCCGGAGGAGAUGCGUCAGUUCCAGUCCCAGUGCGUGGCUCAGUGUCAGUGCGUCGUGGAUGUCAGGCUUCCUCUGGCCUGCGUCUUUCUGCCCAGCAAGCAGGCUUUCCAAAGCAUCUACAACAGGAUCAAUAAUGACCUUUUGAUGUGGGAACCGCCUCCCCCUCCGCCCACUUCAGCUCAGAGCUCUGUGCACGGUCGCCAACAUCACGACGAGUUUCAACUCUGCAAGUCGGCCUUCCGACUGGACUCGGACUCAGAGGAGGACGAAUCUCAGUUCUACCUAGCCAAUGAACCUUCAGGAAGGACAAAGUCAACGCUCCAGAUGAACCACAACCUCAGCCUCCUCUCCCUGACCGUGGUCAUCGGCAGAGGUCGCCUUCAAGCCAGGACAGACAUGAAGGACGACCAGAGUCAUGGAGAAAUUGUGCUUGACCUGGAAGGGGGGAAGAUAUUCAGUGUAGCACAGCACCAGAAUGACCCUAAUCUCAGUUUUCUGUGUCUGGAGAGUCGGCGGGUGGAGCUCUACCAUCGAGCUGUAGUGGAAGACGCCCCUAUUCCGCAACGGAUAGAGAUGCCCAACUUCACUUCCCCCAGCUACUUGGACCCUACCAUAUACCCUACUGAGGUGGGAGUCAGCAGUGUGAGCGGCAGGGAGGCGGAGCUGCAGAUGUUGUCCACAGCCAUCAAAAUCACACUGGACCCACAGAGGAAUGUGAAGGAGUUCCUGGUCGCGCUUCGACUUCAGGGUGCCACCAUGAGGCAUUAUGUAUCGCAGACCAAUCACAGCUGGCACGAGCAGCUUGUUGACUUCCUAGACGUCAUCGAUGAGCCUAUUCUGGGAUACACAGCACCCGCUGUCAUCACUGUCCUACACACACACCUGGCUACCUGUGCCGUCGACUACAGGCCGUUGUAUCUACCGCUGCGAAUGUUGCUGACGGCAGAGUCCUUCUCUCUGUCCAGUAACAUCAUUGUAGACACGGCCACCUUCCACCUCAGAUUCAUCCUGGAUGACUCCGCCCUCUACCUCUCUGACAAAUGUGAUAGUGACGUAGUGGACCUGAGGAGGGACUAUGUUUGUGUCCUGGACAUUGACCUCCUGGAGCUCGCCAUCACUACAUGGAAAGGCAGCGACACAGGCAAGCUGGCUCAGCCCCUAUUUGAGCUUCGCUGCUCCAACAACGUAGUUCACCUCCACACCUGUGCGGAUUCAUGCGCCGCCCUGGUCAAUAUGCUGCAGUACCUUGUCUCUCAGGGUGACCUGCAUCCCCCUCCCCGACACACUUUGCCCACAGAAAUCGCUGGACAGAAGCUGCCGCUGUCCGAGAGCCCCGCGACCGUGCUGCCCUGCCCUGCUGCUGAAACGACGGAGAUCAACCAGUGUGAUCUGACUGAUGCCUUAAUAGACACAGAGAAGAGCCACCAGGAAGAGAGGAUGGAUCCAGGCUCGCCCUCAAUGCCAAGAGGCUCACCCGUCUCCGUGUACCUGUUCCCCGGUGAAGCCUCCAAGCGAGACUUGUCCGUGCUGGAAGAGGAGGAGGACUCUGAGUUGGAUGGGCUGGUCGCCACGGCAACGGAAGCACAAGCAGAUAUGAUGAUGGACGAGGGCUCUGAAGACUCCACUGACAAUGACGACUUCUGUAUCCUUGAGGCUCCCGGCAUGGGUAUACCUCCCAGAGACGGAGAGCCCGUGGUGAGCGUUCUGUCUGAGGGUCCCAUCCACGUGAAGGACAGUCACUUCUCCAGGCCACGGGGAAGCUCUGACCUGCUUCGAGCUCCCAGCCGCUUCCCGGUGCCCCAAAGCAGAGUGGUGCUACGGGAGAUCUCCGUGGUGUGGCAUCUGUAUGGCGGGAAGGACUUUGGCGCCAAGCCCUCGUUGAUACACGGCCAACAUGCAAAUAGGGGUAGAUCCGUCCCAUCUGGUGCCCGAGGAUCCCCGUCCCGCUCUGUCGGUUCCGCUCGUCCACAGAACUCCUGGAGGUGGGCUGGAGGUAGCGGCCGUCAGCACAGCCUCCUCAUGGAGAUCCAACUCACCAAGGUGUCCUUCCAGCAUGAAUCCUACCAGGUGGCGGUGGCGGGACAAGACGCGUCUCUGUCCGUGGGUGUGGGCCCGGGCGGGGAGCAGCCUCUCUCCAGGCAGGUGUUCAUUGUCCAGGAGCUAGAGAUCCGCGACCGUCUGGCCUCCUCGCAAAUCAAUAAGUUCUUAUACCUCUACACGAGCGAGAGCAUGCCCCGGCGAGCCCACUCAAACAUGUUGACCAUAAAAGCCCUGCAGGUGUGUCCUGAGUCUGGUCUUGGUGGUCCUGAGUGUUGUCUCCGGGUCAGCCUGCUGCCACUCAGACUUAACAUCGAUCAGGAUGCGCUAUUCUUCUUGAAGGACUUUUUCAGCAACCUAGCCUACUCUGUUCAUCCCUACCUGCCUCUGGACCCUGCAGCUGAAGUGAAAGCAGACCUCUCCCAGAAGGCUUCAGAAGAGACCGAGUCAGCUGGCGGUCUAGGCCUCGACCUCAUGGCGUCAGUAGAAACCACUCACAGUGAGCAGAGCUCCUCCUCAGCUGGCUCCGCCUCCUCUUCCGAGCAGCCAAUCUACUUCCGCGAGUUUCGGUUCAUCUCUGAAGUGCCUAUCUGGCUGGACUAUCAAGGCAAACACGUGGUCAUUGAUCAGGGAACUUUUGCAGGGAUUCUGAUUGGCCUGGCCCAGUUGAAUUGUUCUGAGCUGAAGCUGAAGAGUCUGUGCUGUCGACACGGCCUGCUCGGUGUUGACAAAGUGAUCCAAUACGCCGUCACCGAGUGGCUGACUGACAUCAGGAAGAAUCAGCUGCCGGGCAUCCUGGGAGGGGUUGGCCCCAUGCACUCUGUGGUCCAGCUGUUCCACGGGGUGAGGGAUCUUUUCUGGUUGCCCAUCGAGCAGUACAGGAAAGAUGGGCGCAUUAUCCGAGGCCUCCAGCGGGGGGCAGCAUCCUUUGGCACCUCAACAGCAUCAGCGGCACUGGAGCUUAGUAACAGGCUGGUGCAGGCAAUUCAGGCCACAGCCGAGACAGUAUACGACAUCCUGUCCCCGACACCCCCGCUUCAUCGUUUUGCCAUCACUGAAGGCCGGGCCCCUUCCAGUCGGCCCCGAAGAGCUGCCCAGCCCGCCGACCUUCGAGAGGGUGUGGCCAAGGCAUACGACACCGUCAGAGAGGGAGUGAUUGACACAGCUCAGACCCUCUGCGACGUGGCGUCCCGCGGCCACGAGCAGAAGGGUCUCCCCGGCGCCGUGGGCGGCGUCCUGCGGCAGAUCCCGCCCACCGUGGUCCGGCCCUUGAUCGUGGCCUCGGAAGCCACCUCCAAUCUGCUCGGCGGCAUGCGCAACCAGAUCAAACCGGAUGCACGGAAGGAGGACUUCCUCAAGUGGCGAACGGACGACUGCCAAGAAUGAGGACUUUUUAUGUGAGGACGUGAGCGUGUGCCAGAAUGCAAGGUUCAAAUGUGUUGCUGUUUUUUUCAGUUUGAGCAAAAAUGACUAACACCUACUGCAUUUACUGAUGGCCAGUGUUAUGUAUGUAGGUUCUUGAUUCAUGUAUGCAGCAGCAGAAACUCUGUGAGUUUCCCCCCCUCAGUAUUACGCAGAUUUUUCUCACUGUUGGUUUAGCAUGCAAACAUAUCGCCGUCAUGAUUGCCUGGCCUUUUUUUUUUCUUUUUUUUUUCAAGCCAUCCACAAUUUUGUUUUCUUCUUCAGUGGCAUUUCAGGCACACCAUCACCCAGUUUCAAAGUGCACAGGGAAGUGGACUUUUAAUCAAAAGUGAAGAAAACAUGAGAUUCCCUGUCACUCGUCACUUCCGUCUUGUUUUGUUUGGCGUUCAUGUGUGCCAUACGGCGAGCACAGUGCUUUUUUACUUUUGUUUUGACCGUAGUAGCUUUUGUUGCCUUUUUUCUUAAUUCUGCAGUCAUCUUUAAUUUGCUUGACUGAAUAGAGACACUUCAAGACUCUUAAUCGUGUUCAAAAAAUCAAGCCAGACUUAAAUUGUCUCUCUCCUGCACAUCUGUGAUUUCUGCAAACGUUCCUAGUCUGUCAUCUAUCAAGGGUUAAGAACUCUUGUUUAUCGCCCCUUUCUUUACUUGCCUUCCUGCAUUUGUAUUCACUUUUAUUUACUUUUUUUAAAUUGACAUUGUACGUUAUAUUUGUUUUCAAGCUAAGAGUUGGUGGGAUGUGAAUGUAGUGACCAUUGGAGGGUGAGGAGUCGGUGGUUAUACAAAAAAAAAAAGGUUUUACAUUUUUAUCUCCACUUUGUUUAAUACAUGUGAGGUUAUCUGUGUGUUAGCGAGAAGGUGUGCGCGCCUGAUGCAUGUCUGUGAGGGUGAAAGGUCGAUGCCUGUAAUUAGUAUUUACAAUAUCAUGAAACGUGUGAAUGACCUGUAUAUUACAAAACAAUGAAUAUAUGAAAAUUAAAAAAAACUUAGUUAAAACUA